CAUGUACCAUUUUCACAUUUCUUAGAGAUGAAGAUGCACAUGAAAGAGCACCACCCAGAUUCUACUCUGUGCACCAACUUCGUGAAAAACGGCAGGAUAAGUAAGAGGACCGUGCUUCUUUGUCCUGCGGAUGAGUGUUCGUUUUAUUCUGCUAUGUUCAGUAGUCUACAAGAACACAUGAGUUGUCAUCAAGAAAGUUUCCUGCAAAAUUUCACCACAACGGAAUCUGAAACUGCAGCACGUAUGCCAACACAAACAGCACCACCAGAUGGCGAUAGCUCUGUUCAUCAAUCCAAGAAAAAACAGAAGCCAAGAACAGAACUGCAACCCGGCCUUGAAUACACGUGCGUCAUAUGUGUCAUUGAAAGAAAAACAACAUUGAUUUUCAAAAAUCCCGAAGAUUUGAGGCGACACACUGUAGAAGCCCAUCCUCCCAAGCUACAGAAUUGUUUCAGUUGGGACCCUUUGAAUUCUGACAAAGAGAGGAAAGGUUGAGUUCAAUUUACAGGAUUCCAAUGGAGCAUUUUCGCCUGAACUGAAAUAGCCUCGAAUGCUGAAAGAAUUGCAAUUGCACCUUUGUUAAAUGGCGAAUCGUUUAAAUAAUGAAAGAGGGAAUCUGCCAGUCCCAGUACGUACCAAGUUACAUAAAAAAAUUGAAAAAAUAAACA